AUGUCGCCGGCGGCGGACAGCGCGUCGGGAUCGAAGCGGCAGGCGGAGCUGCUCAAGCAGGAGGGCAACACCUGCUUCAAGAAGGACCGCAUCAGCGCCGCCAUCGACGCCUACACCGGGGUGGAAUUAUAUGACCAUGUGCACUAUAGAAUAGCCGGUGCCUUUCAUCUUGUAAGAUGCAAGGCCAUUUACUUUUCCUCGUAUCUGACUAUAAGGAAGAUGCAUACAUAUGCAAUAGACCUUCCAAUUCCGUUGAUGCGCAAUAUACCAAAUACAAAAGACACUGAUGCCUAUUUGGUAGUUACGGGUGACCUAUUACCCCCUAGGAGUGAGUGGGCUAAGGUUGAGGAAGAUUGUAGAAUGGCUAUCCAUUAUGACAGCCACUCCGUUAAGGCGCAUUACAUGCUUGGGCUUGCACUUCUCAACAGGCAAGAAUUGGCUGGAGGAAUAAAAGCACUAGAAAAGUUGCAAAACAAUUAUGUUUAUGCCAUUUUUACUGAUGAACCAAACUAUGCAAAAUUAGUCUUUGGAGCUUGGAAGGGUGCAACAUGUAAAGAAGCUCUAAAGAGUUAUAACCGCCUUGAUAAUCCAACUGCAGACGUGUCUGAAGAGCAUCUAAAUGAGCUAGAUGAAGUUUUCAGGAAAGCUGCAAAGGCUGAUACUCCAACAGAAGUUCCUGACCAUCUCUGCUGCAAAAUUACACUUGAUAUCUUCAGGGAUCCAGUGAUCACUCCAAGCGGAAUUACUUACGAGAGGGCUGUGAUUCUUGACCAUUUAAAUAGGGUGGGGAAAUUUGACCCUGUGACCCGUGAACCACUGGAACCAUUCCAACUAAUAUCAAACCUUGCCGUCAAGGAGGCUGUAGAUGUAUUUUUGAAGGAACAUGGUUGGGCUUACAAGAUCAGAGCAGAGGGCAGGCCUGGCACAGUGGUGAAGUCCUCCCCACUUGUGUCAAGAUGUCUUGGGUUUGAACCAGUCUCUCUGCAUUGCAACUUUGCAGGGAUAAAAAUUACAAUGUUCUCAGACCGCCCAGCAGUACUUCGGUUGCAAACAACAGUUUUGUUUAGUUCAUGUUCUUGCCUAAGUCAUGUCAUCGGCUUCUGGAGCAGCGCCGAGAGUAUCACACAUUCACACCCCGUGGCCGCGGUGAUCGCCAGACGCCCAGACGUGAGGAAGAGGAUGCUGACGCCGUUUGUGGAGAGCGGCCAUCGGAAAGACAGGGGAUUCGGACGAGAGGAAGAGACGCAGGACACAAAAAGUUCGUGA